AUGUCACGAUUCUCUAAAGCAGAACCCAGAAGCAGGCCAGGAGAAGAUCUUUAUCAUAAAGUGGGAGGUGAGAUCGUGUUGAAACUAGACAAGUCCACAGUGCCUGGCCCCAUCACAGGCAUCAUAUGGAAGCAUGGGAAGAACAAGGUGGCAGAGUGGGACGAGUAUUUUGGUCUGGAAAUCUAUGCUGCCUUCAAAGGCCGCACAACCCUGAACCAGACUACUGGAGAGCUGAGAAUCAGUGGCUUGAAGAAAACAGACAGUGAAGUUUAUUCUGUGGAGUUCAACAGCAAACUGCUUGACAAGACAUAUAAACUGUCUGUUAUCAAGGCAGUCCCCAAACCCACAAUCACUUCAUCCUGUAACCCAGACAAAACCUCCUGCAUUCUGUCCUGUGAGGGCAACACCACUGAUGCUGAACCCGUCACCUACAGCUGGAAAGUGGGAGGGAGAGCGUGGGAGGUCUUAGACAAAGCGAUUAUUGUCUCUAAAAGCGACACUGGCAAACCAAACAAUGGUUACAUGUACAUCUGCAAGCUGAAUAACUAUGUUAGUGGGGAAGGGGAAGUCAGUGAGCCAGUUGGAGAGGUGUUUGUCUCAGAUGUUGUACGCUUCCUGAAGUCUAUGCACAUCUCUUUGGUCUUGUUGGUAUUGAGGACCAAGUGUGAUUCGUCACACCACUCUACAGAGUCAUUAAGGAUGGUGUUCCUCAUCAUCAUGCAACAGGCUGAUCAAGGCAGUGUCAUCAGCGAACUUAUCGAGGUGUCUGUCAGGAUGGAAACUAGGGUUACGGUUCCGCAAAAGGCCAAUCCCAAAACAGGGAAAGAGGACGCAGACAAAGCUGAAAAGGGGCAGAGGAAUGGAGGUGUGUAUGAAACUUAA